UGAACUGCGAUCUCCGUGCUAGCUGUCCCAAUGGCAACAGCUUGUCGACGGGUAUCGCUCUCACCAGAGCAUCUCUCCCUGGCCUAGGCCUAGCCCUUUCCCGCUCGACCAAGCCGUAUGGCCUGUGACUCAUACUCAGAAGUCAGCAGCGCUACGUGAUAGGUAGUAGGUGCAACCCCUGCAUCGAGCAAACUUCCUUCAACCUUUUUCCAGGCUCUACUGGAGUGAGGAUGGGAACAGUUUGGCACUGCUGUUUCACAGUUGAUAUGAAAGAUUGCAGAGAAAGAGCCAAGGACCUUUCCAAAGCUGCGUAAGUGCAGUUUGCUCUCGGGGCUUGAAGGAAACAACCAGCCUACAGCAGGUACGAGAAACCGGACUAGGUUCCGAAAUCCUCCCGAACCCCGGUACUUCGGCCUUGUGGAAGCAGUUGAAGUGUCUUCCGUGUGUGUCAUAGGCGUGCACACAUUCGCUCGGAGUCAAUCAGCGACACCAACGCCUAGAUCUGCAGAUUGGAGAACAGCUGCGCUGAUACGCUCUUGGUCGCUACCGUUGCUCAAAAGACCGAGAGAGCAACAGUCAAUCUGUACAAACACAGUUGUCGCAGAUACUGUUCUGUUACUGUGGCUGCUUUGGAGUAGUUUGUAGAUCAAAGGCGAUCCGUCGAGAUGGCGGACGCUAAAAACUCUGACUCUGCUCCGCAGGUGAACGGCGCACACUCCGCUGAGGUGGACACCCUGCGACAGGAGAUAGAUAUUCUGCGCCAGCAACUGGUGCAGAAAGAUUUCGUCAUAGACCGGCUACGCAAGGAGAACAACGAAAUACGCUCGCUCUUGGAAUCCAUGAGCAAGUCGCAAAUGACACGCGAAACGCCUAGCAUUCUGCUCCGCCGUGAAAAGCUCCCAGCCGUCAGUGGUGAACCCAGCGCAGCUAUUGAAGACAAGCCACGGACCAAAUAUCCGAAAACUGAUCAAGCCAAGAAAUUGAUUAGGGAAGCAAUACUGAAGAAUGAUUUCCUCAAGAAUCUAGACCCUGCGCAAAUUGAUGAGAUGGUGGACUGCAUGAAGAAGACAAAAUUCGCCGCCGACCAAUUCGUCGUACGAGAAGGCUGGCCAGGAACGGAGCUAUACGUAACAGCCGUAGGCAACGUGGAGGUGAAGCAGAAGAACAAGGUGCUACGCACUCUGGAGCCGGGCAGUGUGUUCGGUGAGCUGGCCAUUCUCUACAACUGCACACGCACAGCCACGGUGGUGACGCUCGGCGAAACCGAAGUAUGGAGUCUGGACCGGCAAACGUUCAAGAGCAUCAUGAUGUCCACUGGCCAGAAGCGACUGGAUAGCUACAAGCAGUUCCUGCGCAAACACAGCACGCUGCGCGGCCUGCCCGAGGACAAACUGGCCAAAGUGGCCGACUGCCUGGAACAGGACGAGUACAACACCGGCGACUACAUCAUACGGCAAGGCGGCGUCGGCGACACGUUCUUCAUCAUUCGCUCUGGCACCGUCGACGUCACGGAGACGCAGGAGGGCAAGGUCGGCGAGACCCUAAUCCGCACGCUAGAGGCAGGCCAGACGUUCGGAGAGCUGGCGCUGCAAGGCGACUCGCGGCGCACGGCCAACGUCAGAGCCAAGAGCCACGUCACAUGCCUGGUGCUGGAGCGUUCGUCUUUCCAAACACUGAUCGGUGACCUGAACCACUAUGCUGGCCAGCGGACGGCCUAUGAUCCGGAGAAGAAAAAGGACAGCACCCCCAUCGUCGGCGAGUUUCCCGAUAUGAAGCUCGAUGAUCUAAAGAUUGUCGGCACUUUGGGUGUUGGUGGCUUUGGACGUGUCGAGCUGGUCUGCCUGAAAAGCGACAAGAAGCAAGCUUUCGCCCUCAAGUGUCUCAAGAAGAAACACAUCGUCGAAACCAGGCAGCAGGAACACAUCUUCAACGAGAAGCGAAUCAUGAUGGAGGUCCGCUGUCCGUACAUCGCCCGCCUGUACCGUACGUUCCGCGACUCUAGAUUCCUCUAUCUGCUGGUGGAGGCUUGCCUGGGUGGUGAGCUGUGGACAGUGCUGCGCAACAAGAGUCACUUUGACGACCCCACUGCCCGCUUCUACAUCGCGUGCGUCAUCGAGGCAUUCGAGUACCUGCACUCGCAAGGCAUUAUCUACCGCGAUCUCAAGCCAGAAAACCUAUUACUGGAUGCCCGCGGAUACGUCAAACUUGUCGACUUUGGGUUCGCCAAGCGCAUCGGCUUUGGACGUAAGACAUGGACGUUCUGCGGCACUCCAGAGUACGUGCCCCCGGAGAUCAUUCUCAACAAAGGCCACGAUUUCUCGGCCGACUUCUGGUCUCUUGGAAUCCUGAUCUUCGAGUUGCUGACCGGCACACCUCCGUUCACCGGUGACGAUCCCAUGAAGACCUACAACAACAUCUUGAAGGGAUUGGACAGUAUCAUCUUCCCGCGCACCUUCCCCAAGCACCCGCACAAUCUUAUUCGAAAGCUCUGCCGUGACAACCCCGCCGAUCGUCUUGGCAACCAGAAGGAGGGAAUCAAAGGCAUCAAGUGCCAUCGCUGGUUCACUGGCUUCGACUGGGCUGGCCUACCGCUGCAGACGGUGAGACCUCCAAUCGUCCCGCGAGUCAAGACCCCCACGGACUUGUCCAACUUCGACCCAUUCGAGCCCAACACAGAGCUGCCCGAAGAGGAUCGGACCGGCUGGGAUGAGGGCUUUUGAAAGCCUUUGGUGACUAGCUAGCAGAGUUAUCACCAAGCUGAUGAUGUGCCGUAAUGAUAGCACGGUUGACGCCAUGCCAGCAGGUCAAUAGCACAUAUAUUUGCUGCUGCUUCUACUUGAGACGGGUACUGACAGAACUCCUUGUAGUCACUGUUUGAACAUGUACAUUGUCUUUCUCCUUUCGUAGUUUGAGCCAUGUGUCUCGCUGGCGUCCAGAUCUCUGGUAGCAUGUGCAGCACGUGCUGCCUUACUGUUUGUGUCUAGUUGCGAACGGUCUAAAAUCAUUCACGCUGCAUCAACCUUCAGCUUUGUCUAUAACCAUCCCGGCAUGAGUGCAUGUACGUUUCAUGUCUCCUCCAGCGUUGACGAAUUAGCUUUUUUAUUUUGACUGAAUUUUGACCCUGCUAAUGGAACAAAUGAUAACCAUUUCGGUGUGUGCGUUCGACUCCCUAAAUGUCCAUAUUGUCCAUAUUUGAAAGCGAACGUAGCCUUGUUGCUGGUUCAACAUCCUGAACACAGAUGCACAAUUCUAAUAUUAUAUCUACUUGUAUGCCAUUCUACACAUGAAGCUAUCCCUAGCCAAGCUUAGCGACGGAGUGGCUACGACUAUGAAGUACUGAUGGUAGAUUGCUGUGACAAAGCCCCUUUAUACGGUGAAGCGUAUACCUUCUGCCCUUUACAAAAGAUAUUUGAUGGAUAUUCUCAACCCGUCGCUACUCAUUUGAUGUGUUGCCUGCUUUUCUACCCACCGGCUGGCUUCUUUAGGCUAUUUUCAAUUUUUCAUCUCCCAUAUCCAUAUCACCAUGACCGAGCCACUGUUCUUGCUUCCCGGAAUGAUGAGCUGCCUCGUUGGA